AUGGGGGCGCCGCCGCCCAACGCCAGCCUCGGCCUCACCGCCAGCCCCGGCGCGGCGGCGGGGCCCGGGGACCGCGGCUGCGAGAACGGCGCCCUCAUGGACAGAUUCGGCAUCUUCCUGCAGGGGCUCCUGGGCGUCGUGGCCUUCAGCACCCUCAUGCUAAAGCGCUUCAGAGAACCAAAGCACGAAAGACGUCCCUGGAGGAUAUGGUUUUUAGAUACUUCCAAGCAAGCCAUAGGGAUGUUGUUCAUCCACUUUGCAAAUGUCUAUUUAUCAGACCUUACAGAAGAAGACCCCUGUUCACUGUACCUUAUCAACUUCUUGCUGGAUGCCACCUUAGGAAUGCUGCUGAUCUACAUCGGGAUCCGAGCCGUCAGCAGCCUCGUGGAGUGGCAGCAGUGGGAGUCCCUUCGCUUCGGGGAAUAUGGUGACCCCCUGCAGUGCAGUGCUUGGGUGGGCCAGUGUGCUCUGUACAUAAUGAUUAUGACAUUUGAGAAAACCAUCAUCAUCAUAGUGCUGCUUAUACCUCAGUGGAAAGAGGUGGCUUUAUUGAAUCCCAUAGAGAACCCCCAGCUGGAGCUGGCCAUCGUCAUGCUGAUAGUUCCCUUCUUUGUUAAUGCAUUGAUGUUCUGGGUAGUAGAUAAUUUUCUUAUGAAGAAAGGGAAGACAAAAGCUAAACUUGAAGAAAAGGAAGCAGGACAAGAUUCAAGAAAUGGAAGUAAAGUCCGGUACAGGAGAGCAGCGUCACAUGAAGAGUCAGAGUCAGAAAUCCUGAUUUCAGCCGACGACGAGAUGGAGGAGUCGGACGCCGAGGAGGAUCUGCGCAGACUGACCAGCUUGAAGCCCAUUAAGAAGAAGAAGCACCGCUUUGGUCUGCCCGUAUGACACAGCCCCUGGCCUGUGUGAUUGCAGGUUUCGUGGCAAAAAGAACUUUGUCAGUGGGGUUUAAUGUUGCAAUUGCAUCUCCGUUUGCAUACAAACUGACUCAAAAAGCAAGGUCUCCCAACAGAAGGCGAGCGGUUGGAAGACUUCCAGCUCAGUUGCACUACAGACACACUGACCAAUUAUGCAAGAAUGUCUUCUCAUCACGUGUGAAAAACUGCAGAGGUGUUAAGGAUGAGUCACUAAGGAGUUUUGUGUCAGAGAAGAUCAGAGAGAACAGAUCAGAAUCUUUCACUUUUGGUUACUGAUGAGACAGUGUAAGAAGUUCUCAAAAAGGCAUCAGAGUUGACUAAGUUAAAGGAGUGUGUUUUAUUACUAAAACUGGCUUUUGCAGCAUAAUUCCUAGAGCAGAAUAGUUUAUGGUUACAAGCUGUAACUUAACAUUAUUUUUUUAAGUACAAAUGUUUACUUGCUACCGGGUACCUAUGGAACUAAUAGGUGGAACAAAGAUUUUUUUCCAAGUCUCCUCAAAUCUAUUUGACUAUUUUAUAUUUAAGUUAUAUUUUCAUACAGUUGUAUUUAAAGAUUCUCUUUGUCAGAGAAAAGGGUGCAGUUCCCUUUUUUUGUGCAGAACAGGUCAAAAUAUUUGUAGUGAAAAUCUUAUUUAUCCUUAUGUCCUGGUUUAAGACAAAGGGAUUGCAAAGGGAAGAGCUCUCUGUCACUGCUGAAGUCACCAAAUAUCACUAAAAAUGCAGUCCUAUGUGUGCUUUCGACCACAUAAUUCGAAAAUACCUUUUUUAAUAUGAGGUGGUGUUUGCAUAUUUGACAAAUGUGCACUUUAGUGUAUGACAAAAAUCCGUUGUGAUGGUUAUUUGUGAAAUGAGUAUCUGUGGAUGACUCAUUAUUUCUGUUCCUGCAAGUCUCUUGUGCAUACCUCUCAAAUGACCCAAAAGAGAUGGAACACUUCUGACACUUUUCCUUUUGUAGGGCCUGCGGUACAGGGCCGUGAUCUGACUGAAGCAGUUGUGCUACAAUAUUGCAAAAAAUAAUUCUGUCCCUUGUUUUUUUGUUGGAAAAACAAUCCUCUAUUUAAUGUGCUUAACAGCAACAACAAAAAAAUUUCUCCUGUUUCAUUUCUAUAAAGUCUCAUUAUUCUUUAGCAGUUAAAAAAACAAACAACCCAAGGGGUACAGUGCAGUUGUUACUACAGAAUUUCUGUGAUUUUCAGUGUCUCUCUUCUGGUAAUUGACAACACAUGCUCAUCUGAAACCUA